AUGAUUCAUUUACUAAAAAAUUCAUUUAAGAAUUCUCCAGUAUGGCUCAAUCUUUCUAAUGUAGGGAGGUUUUAAUUUGCUUUUAAUCCUCAAAAAGUAAUUUAAGACUCAGCUAAAUUUGAAUUAGAAACUUCAUAAUUACCAAAUGGAUAAUAAAUAACUGAUAAAUUAUAUGAUUUAACAGUGAAGCUUGAAAAUUAAUCUCCAUUUAAUGAAUCUGAAAAAGCAAUGAUGACUAUGAUGACUCUUGCUGAUUAUAACAUGAGAUUUAAGAAUACAGAUUUAGCUGAUAAAAUAUUUACUACACUUAUUAGCCAUCUUGAGGAAUACCAAAAUAAUAAUAUGGCAUUUUACCAGUAUUUAAAUCCCAGUAUUUUUUAUAGAAAGGCUCUUAUGAUUGAAGAAAAGAUUCAAAAUACUAACAAUAACAACGAGCAAUUAGAGUAAUAAAUAUUAGAAAUGUAUAAACAAGUUGCAUCUAUGAUUGAAGAAUAUACUGAGUUUUCAGAAACUCUGAUAGAAGAGAAUGUUCAUCUUUUAGCUAAAGUUUAUGAAAAAUUAGGAAAUAUCUUUAAAAAGAAAUAAAACUUUGAAGAAGCUAUAAAAUAUUAUCAAAAAGGAAUUAAAGUUGGAUAAGAAGUAUAUCACAAGAAUGGAGUGUAUUUGAUAAAAAUGAACUGUCUUGUAGGAGAUCUUUUAAGCAGAUCUGAAAAAAAUUAUGUAGACAGUAUAUCUUAUUUACAAACUGUUUUAGAUAACAUAUCUAUCAAAACACCCUAAGAUGCUUAAAUAUUUUCAAUCGCUUCUAGCUCAAUUCUCAAAGUACAUCUUAACUAUCCUCAAGUAUUUAAGUCUGAGUAGACAAAAUAAUUAGUAGAUAAAAUUGAGAAGGUAAUUUAAACAUAAGACAAAGAUUAAAAGCUAAUAACUCCUUUAUCUCGCUCAGUUAUUUUGACUAUGAAAGCAGAAAAUGAAUUAAAUAUGAACGAAAAAGAAAAGGCAAGAUAAACAUUUGACGAUUCAUUAGCUUUAGCUCUCAAAGUUUUUCCUCCAAAUCACUCAUUUGUAUAAAACAUCUUCAAAAAAAUGCAAUAAUUAUGA